UCGGCGCGCCCGUCAAAAUCACGACCUACUCAAACGAAAUCCCCGCGUAAAAACGAGAAGAAAUUUCAUACAAAGGUAGGUUUAAUUUAUCGGCGAGUCACGACAACUCGAUCGAGCCGUCGUCGGAUUUGUCGGGUGCAGUGUUCGAGACUCGAGUCUUGGAGAGUCGCGGGGGAAGGGUGCUACCGCGCCGCGCGACGCUCCCGCGGCCGCCCGAUGCCGCGCUCUUUCUUCAGUCUGUCGCUCGCACGACGCCGCACCAGACGUCUGGGCCGCACGCUCGACAACUCGCGCUUCGACUAACUUGUGAUCAAACUUAGUGCAAGUUUCAAGUGGAUCGGAUGAUUGCAGUGUUGUGACGUUCGACAAUGAAAGUGUGUUAAGUGCUAAAACUAAUUUCUGGAAACUAGUGCCGAUGGUCCUCUUGAAUACUAACAUGAAAAUUAAUGGUCUACCUUAGGAAUCGGACAACACGUUAGAAAUGACCAUUGAUAGAGCUGGUCGGCCCCCUGCGCCGCGCAGGGCCUCCUCCACCUACAGAAGCUACGAUGAACUCGGCAUCAUCGACCGUGGUAGACCUCUGAGGUACCGCCACGGAGGCAUCGAGGACCUAACGGGAAUCGAGCAGCCAAGAACGUACAGAUCAUACGAGCCCCAAGACUUAGACGACAUCACUGUCAUAAGCUCGGAAGAACUCCCCAAACCGAAAAGGAAAACAAUGGACAGUCUCGCGAACGGGUUCAGAAGAACGUUCUCCGUUAGGAGUAGGAGGGAAGAGCCGGAAGGUAUACCGUUAGAGACGUUCAGUGUGACUUGUGAAGAGAAUUUCGCGACAGUGCGCGGCGCUCCUUUCGGGAGGCGUAGAUCUUUGUCGAGGGAUAGAGGGUCGUUGCUGGCUAGGAGUUCUUCGGAGGGAGACGUGAGGAUACCGCUUCCCCGCGCGCCGCCCGCCCCCGCACCACGCCUCCACCGCUGUCUUCGAGCCCUCGGCGGCAGCUGGAAGAACCUCCUUCUUUUGGGCGGGAUGUCUCGCGGCGGCAGCGGCGCCGGCAAGACUGCCACGGCCAAGCGAGUGCCGCCCCCCGCCGUGCCCGGAGACGCGUUCGGCACCCCGCAGCACCGCCACUCGGGGUCCAGCUUCGGCUCGCAGGGCUACGCGUCGUGCGAGGAGCAGCCCUACCCACAGCCGCCUGAUACGCCGUCACAUACUAGAGGUGUGUUCGGCACCCUGCAGCACCGCCACUCGGGGUCCAGCCUCGGCUCGCAGGGCUACGCGUCGUGCGAGGAGCAGCCGUACCCGCAGCCGCCUGAUACGCCGUCACAUACUAGAGAUGACCACUCCGAUUAUGGGAGUACGGUGUCGGGGGUGUCUGGGGUCAGCGGGGCCAGUGGUAGUUUGGGGAAGAGUCCCGCGGGGGGAGGGACGUUCACUUUCCCCCCGCCGUCACAGCCGCUCACGCAUAAAGCUGCUGUGUACUACCACCACCAGCUAGCACUUAGCGACGACCAGGGCAUUGAUAUGACUCAGAGCCCCGGUCGCGACAGUCCCGGGUCGUCGUCCGGAUCAGCCGGGUCGGGCUCCAGGCAUUCCUCCGCUUCCCUGGACAGCGGGCGGGCGUCCGGGCGCGUGCCCCAUCACCACCACGCGGCUUGCCACUGCGGAGACACUGUGGAUAGAGUCCGGGCUAUGAUCACGCAGGGACUGCCUGACCCAGACAUAAUCCACGCGUGGCUAGCCGACCUGCAAAUGGAGGAAUACGCUCGUCUGUUCAUCGAGGCAGGUUACGACCUGCCUACAGUAACCCGCAUGACGCCCGAGGACCUCACCGCUGUAGGCAUCAAGAAACCCAACCACCGCAAGAGGUUAAAGGCCGAGCUUGCCAAUCUGAACGUGCCUGACAACCUGCCUGAUUAUAUACCGGGUUCACUAGAAGAAUGGCUGCGACUGCUGCGGUUGGAGGAAUACGGACCAGCGCUGGUGGCACAGGGGUACCGCACUGUGCAUGACGUCACACAACUAGCUUGGGAGGACUUAGAAGACAUGGGCAUCGUUCGGCUCGGUCACCAAAAGAAAAUACUGCUGGCCAUCAAAAGAGUGAAGGACAUUAGAGCGGGCAAGCGAAGCAUCAGCAACCAGGGUUCGCUGGACUUCGCGCGGAUACAGCCUGGACAGGAUUUAUAUCCGAGGGAGCUCCAUUACCAGCCGUGGGAGCGGCACGCCAGGAGUUACCAUAAACCCCCCGACCUAAACUUUGACGCUCUACACACGCCCCUUUGUGGCACAGACCUGGUCCCCAUUCAGAUUCGCCACCCGCGCGGCAAAUCGCUCGAGAGCCUAGAAGACCCUUCAGAGAGAACAUCGCACACGACUUUUUCACCCGACGCGGGUUUCUACUACGGCGCGGGGCAAUGGCGGCGAUCGUACGACGAUGGUGACAUUACGCCGACGAACGACAGUUCUUACGAGGGUGGAGGGACGCUGCCUCGUCCUAGGGGACUGGUUCGUCCGCGCCCAGUUGCUAAAAUCCAAGCGACGCCAGCGUACAGAGACAAGUCUCCGGAUUAUACGUACGAUGAGAUCGCGUAUUCCGCUCGCUUGCAGCGCGUGGCUUACGGGGCGAGUCCCCACGUGGCGCGGAAGCCGCCGCCUGACCCGCCUAAGCGGCAGAGCUCUCAGUACGCGCCGUUCACUCGCUUCGGUCAGACGACAGUGGAGAUCCACCCUGAGAAGAGUCUCCCGCUGAGCCUGCCGGCAUAUCCUAGCUCGGACUCGCUGAGCGUGUCGCUGGACAGCACGGGGCUUCUGCCGCCGCCCCCCGCGCCGUCUUCGCCCCCAAGGAGAUAUGACGAGGAUAAGCUGCGAACGGGAUCUGAUGCCAGUUUUAAGUCGAGUUCGAGCACCGAGUCGGACAGCAUUCCGUUCGCGAACGAAAACGCGGGCACGAUAAAGCAGAACCGCGGUCAAAUCAGCGGCCGUCCUCACACAGUGGACUACGGACGCGCGGGCAUCCCCCUCGCCUCCCUCCCCCCGCGGCCUGAUAUCAAGCCCACCACCCCCCACUCCCUCCCAGAAAAAGACGAGGGAAAAAGCACGGAACCCGUCGACGUACUCAACGACAUCGGAAACAUGCUUGCCAACCUCACGGACGAACUAGACGCCAUGUUGGAAGAAGAGAAACGACAGGGACUCGCGGAUUCCUAAAACAAAUUAAACGUUGGAGUGAACUCGAAUAAAACUUUUGAAAUUCCAAAGAUUGUAUCGGCAGUUACAACAGUUUUGUUUUGUGUGGGGCCAUCGGAUUUUAGGACGAAAUAAAAUGUAACAGUAGGUGACUAAUGAAAUAAUCAAGUACAAGACAACUAAUUCCAUCAGUUUUAGAUCCAGGUGAGAAAGAACCUUUGUACUUUUGACUGCUUUCCCUCCGUACGAUGGCUCCUAGAAGCAUAACUUUUAUGAAAGAAACUUGGUCCAUGUAAACCGAACGACUCCGCUUGCUUAGCACAUAGUUUUGUUACACGUCCUGCCAUCGCCAGCGUUUAUACUUACACAGGAUACACUGUAUGUACUAUAGUUUUCUAUCUAUGUAGCAUUUGUACCGAUGUAGCGUAUUUUAUACAUCCAAUGUAUGUAUGUAUUUUACACGUUUUUUAUGAAAUAAUUACGAUUUAUUUUAAAUUUUAAUGAACUGUGUGUUUUUGUUGUUUAUUUAAAAAAUAUUUUGUAACGUAGUUCCUUAUUUAAUAGACGUUAAAUCUACUUAUUUUUCGUUGGAGUGACAAAGGGUAGUUAUAGGCGGAUCCAAACAGAUGAAAGUGGCUAUUUUUGUAAAUAUUAUUUUACUUAAAUUAUGUCAUAGAUAAAAUAUAUCCCAGUAGCUAGUUUUUCAUGUACAAUAAUAAAAUUGUAGAUUACUCGAGUAAAAUGUAGAAUGGAGUAGUUAGAAUUUAUACAAAAUACUAGCUCUAGAUAUAGUGUGAAAAUUAGGGGGUUACGUGAUUAUUGUAUAAUAGACAUUCAUUUAGUGAUAGACCUCAUAGAUAUUGUAUGUUAUCGUUCUUAUACUGCAUUAGGACAUGCCCGUUGCCAUGCCAUGCUUCCACGAGCUGAUAUUAAAGUUUCCAAAAUACGGCUUGAGCAAACUCAAUAAAACCUGCUAACUGUAAAAGGAACAGCCUUACGUCGGCCAUACUUUAUAUAGCAUCGCAUGUACCUCUUACGACAUCUAAAUAAUGUAAGCGUUAAAUUACGAUCUCUUUUUGUUUCCUAAUAUUUUUAACGCAUGUCCUCAAAACUCGUGAUAUUUAGAGGCCAUAAAUCGAUUACAAUAUUUCGAUACAUUUCUGAUAAGUACGUACUAUUCGUGUAUUUGUAACCACAUAAAAAGUAAUUGACACAUUUAUUUUUAUUUACUUAGCAUUUAAGUAUCAAACCAUAAUAUGUAUGUAUCGAAUCGUUUGAAGUUUAUGUAGGCAACAAAAUCAUUCAAUGUAAUCAGAAAUGUAUACGAAAUGGGUUCAUAUAAUAUUAACUCUUGACUAACACCAUGGAAUGUACAAUAAUAACAACUAAACAUAGCAAAUUAUGGAAUAUAAACUAAGCUUUAUGUAAAUAUCAUGAACAUCCAUGUUUCUACACAGUCUUCUUUAAUAACGGCUCUUAUUUAGACAUUUUGUAAUACCUACUUUACUGAAUUGUUGUACGUACCAAAUGGACACCACAUGUUCGUGUCUAAGAUUCCAAAGAUCAUCUUCCAACAUAAAAAAUAACUUUUUCUAUUCGACUUUUUAUUAUAUCUAGACGAAACAGACAUUUUCUGUUUAAAAAACCAAUUUUCUUAUGUUAUUUACUUAGACAUGAAUGUGUGAAAAUGCCGUCACUCUAUUUACUUUGUAUGAAGCUAGAACGGUGCUAGAUUUGAUAUAAAAACAAUACCUAGUUAUUCUAAGUUAAACAUCAAUGAACUGUUGUAGGUAUAAAUUAUUUGUUCUUUGAACUAGUCAAAAUUAUUGUUUGAGUGACGGCAGUCUAUGAAAUUAUUUAAUUGUAAUUACUUCACAGCUUAACUUCCUUACUUAUUUUAUAAUUCAGUUCUUAAUUUGAAUAAAUAUAUUUGUAAUACCCAU